AUGUCAACAGUUGUGAAGUGCCAAGGUCGCUGGAAGGACCUAAGGGACCAAUUUUCCAAAAAAACUUUACAACCACGGAGUGGAUCGGCAGCAGGACCCCAAAAGGAGUGGAAAUACACCCAAGCCCUGUCUUUUCUUAUUCCCCACCUUCAACCCAGGAGCUCUAGAAGCAACCUAGACCAAGUUGAAGAUUGGGAGGCAUUGGACCUGAGCCAUGGAGAGGAUGUGCGGGAGGAGAAUGACCAUCAACCAGAUCAGCAUUCUCAACCUGGUUCUUCAACCAACAGGCCCUACAGCAGACCUGCUGCACGAAAGAGGGCCUCAGCACCUUUGGAGUCUUUGGAGGAUAGGCUGCUGGCUAUGGUCCAGGAGCCUCCACAGCACAUGCACCAUCGUGUGCCACAGGAGGAGGAUGAGAUGUUACAUUUUGCCCUCAGUCUGGUGCCCUUGCUGAACAAAUUAAUUGGCUGGGGUAAGCUGAGGGCAAAGAUUGCUCUUUUAGAAGGGCUCCAGGGUGUCCAUGAUCUGGACCAAGGGCACCAGCAGGCACAGAUGCAGGGCCCUGGUCUAAUUAGGCCAUGGGAUCAGACAUCCCAGCCAUCCCACCAGAGCCACCAGCCAUCCCACUAGAGCCGCCAGCCAUCCCACCAGAGCCGCCAGCCAUCCCACCAGAGCCGCCAACCCCAACUAUUAUAUGCACCACCCUCACAUGCACAGGCACAGAGGUACAGACCAAGUGAGGAGACUUGGGGGGGAAUGUGGUGAGAGUACUGUGCCCUCACCCAUUCCUCACUACACAGACUUAUAGUGUAUUAAUAGUGCAAUAAAUUGUCUAUUUAAAUCAAUAUUUCCUUCGUGUUUCUCUGUAACUUUUCAACACCUAAGCCCAUGCAGUUUGUCUGAAAUUGAUGGAGUAAGUAAAGGCGGUGCAAUGCCCCCCUGGGCCUUGAGCCUCCAAAUAGAGGCCCAUUGAGGACCACCCUGCUCUCUCCCCAAAACCAUAAUAAUCAUGGCAAAAGCUUGUGUGUUGGCCUACCUCAGUGUAACCACAAGUCUUUGCUUGGGUUCGACUGCCAGUCUGUAAUUGGUGUCCUGUCGCUGGAGAUCUGCACCAAUCACUGACAGGAUGUGGUCCAUCUGCGUUGGUGUCAUACGAAAAUACGAUCGAUGG